UUGAAAACAAAAAAUGUUUUACCAAUCAAUUUCAUAUCACAUAAUAUUAAUAAAUAUAAUGUUGUCAUCCUAUCAAACGGCAAUAACAAACAGUUUACCAAUUGAUUUGUCAGUGACUUUAAGUUCAACGACAAUUGCCGCCGAAGACAUUGAUUUAUUGCAAAAAUCUAUUGAAUUGAUAUACAAAACGUUUAACUUCUACGACAAACACAUGUAUGAGGUAUUGAUCGACGGUCUGUACGGACUACGGGUUAUGAGCGACCAGAUGUCGAUGCUAUUACAUCGGAUGGCUGACAGCCCACCACCUAAACCAGGACUCACUGUUUUGAUAUCAACACUCAAACAAAUGGUACAAAAAUCAGAUGAAAUCAUAUCGUUAGCAUUGCCAACAAUAGCCAUAAAAGAUCUGCCAUAUUAUCUAAACAUUGGUGUCAUACUAGAAAAAGGUAUGUUUGGACAGAUACCUGAUUACAGCCGGCGUGUCAAUCGUAGCACUGAAUAUACUCAUCUAUUGGCCCAACAAUUAACACCAUUGAAUGGAAAUACAUCUGACAAUUGUAUUUCUCAAUUGACUGUCGGAUGCCAUUUGACUGAUGAGUGUUGGAAAAUAAUGACAGGACUCGGGUAUCAAAAGUAUCAGUUGUCUCAUGAAGUCUUGUAUUUGCAAAUUGCAUCAAAAUAUAACUGUCAUCAAGAAAUCAAUUCAAUGAUUGCCAAACAUAAUCAGCAAUCGUUGGAAAAGUUAUUUGAAAUAUUUUGUACAAAUAUGUUGCGCGAGUGUCGGGAAAUGACUGGAAAUAAUUCAACAAAAACUACGGAUCAGUUGACAGGUUUUUAUGGCGAUAACAUGGAUCUACUAAUGGAGGACAUUGCUUUUUGCGGACUAAUUGGAUUCAAAGAGUUUACUAUUGAUAACAAACAGUGGCUGAAACUGAUAAUCAAUGAUCGGAUUAAUAAUGAAAACGGUUGUUAUGUUAUCAAUCAAAACACUUCUCGACGAUUAAGACGACAACAAUCUAAUGAUAAACACCGGAGAACUAAACGCCGCGAAGUAAUUCUGUCGGACGGAUGUCUACCACACAAGACAUCGGUUGGAUUGGCGGCCAUUUCUGUCUAUAUUAGAGAUAUUAUUUGGCAAUCAAUAUAUUAA